AUGCUGGAGAAUGUGGUCGUCGAUGACGAAGCGAGAAUAUCCACAUUGAAUCGUCUCAGCCAACACUUCAACAAACAGUUUGCAAUUACCGAAGACACGAAGUAUCUCGACGAGGCCGUCAAGGCCCGUAGGGAAGCACUUGCAUUGGUUCAUCCUGAGGAUCAUGUCAACAGGGCUCUCCAAUCGCAUCUACUCAGCAAUGAGCUUGGCGACCGAUUUGCAGAAACAGAAGACCUCAAUGAUAUUGAGGAAGCCAUCGAUUGGGGGUUACAGGCAUUGAAGUUGACACCGGAGCAACAGUAUUCACCAAGGAUUGAGUAUCUUAGGAGACUCGAGCUGCUCUUUGAAGAUAUGUACGAGGAAACGAAAGAUCUCGCUGAUUUUGAUGAGAUUAUUCGUUACAAAAGGCUUACAGUUGAAUCGACAAGCCCCGGCGAUAUUGCUCUAAAAGCAGGCAGACUGACUGAUUUGGGCACAUGGCUCGAUAAGCGGUCAGAUAUCACGGGACAAGUCUCGGAUAUGAACGAGUGUAUCCGGAUCAUGAGACAGGUCCUUGAAUUGAAACCCGGGGACGAAAGCACGCUGAAAAAUCUCAUGCGCUUUCUGUACAACCGGUACAGGCUCACCAGAGAGAUACCGGACCUGGAAGAAUGCAUUCGACUGCAUCGACAGACAACUGAUUCAUCGUGCACUGAUGAAUCUAGAGUUGAGUGGAUGAUGAGACUUGCAAAUUACCUCUGUGAACUGCACGAAAGGACCGAAGAAGAAGCUGACCUCGGGGAGGCCUUUGCAAUCGCAACAGAGGCACUCGCUUUGGUUCCUGAAAACCGCUGGCAACGCAGGUGGCUGCAUUGUCUAGGGCGGUUGUUCGGCUGUCAAUAUCUCGAGACUGAAGCGCUGGCCGACCUAGAAGAAGCGAUCCGGUUGGAAAGAUUGGCGCUCAAACUCGCCCUCACUGACGAGAAUCGAGGUGGCAUCUUGACAAACCUGGGCAAUCGGCUCGGCGACAAGUAUGUGAGAACAGAAGCGAUUGCCGACAUCAACGAAGCCAUUAAAUGCGCUAGAGAAUCACUGCUUCUGAGACCUGACAAUCCCGAACGACUAUACAACCUCGCAAUCAAGUUGGGCGACCGGUUUACAAGAACGAACAAGAUGGAAGAUGUCGAUGAGGCCAUCGAACUCGAGAGGCAAGCAUUGAAAAGAGUACCACUGGACAACUCCGAGAGAGCCGACUAUUUGAACAUUCUCGGCAACCAAUUAGCAGAUCGAUUCAAUCACAAGGGAGAAUUGCCCAAUCUCGAAGAGGCCAUUCGCACUGCAGAGAAAGCCUUGGGGCUGAUGUCGGAGGACCAUCCCAACAGAGCAACCUGGUUGAACAGCCUUGCUGGCCGCCUCCUGGAGCUUUACGAGACGAAAGGGAACAAACUAGAUUUGGAAAAUUCCAUCACCCAGUACCAGUUAGCCCUUCAUCACGACAAGUCAGCACCGGAAGAUCGCAUUGAGGCUGCCCAAGCCAUUAUCGCCAAUUUGAGUCUUGUUCCGAAGCUUGUCUCAUGGUCGCAUGAGAAUCUUGACCGACAGUAUGUACUUGGCAAAGUGGUUGGCUUGGCCUCGGACGCGGCAGCGGCAGCAUUGCAAGCAAAACAGUCACCUAUGGUCGCCUUGCAGCUCCUCGAACAAGGUCGCGGCAUCAUCGGGACGUCGCUACAGGACAUGCGCAGCGACGUGCAAGACCUUGCAAAGCACCAUCCACACCUCGCCGAGAGAUAUCGCGCUUUACAGGUGGAGUUAGAUCGGCGCGUCGAACAAAACACGACGGGUGCUGUGCGUAAGCAGCCGCAAGCAUCGAUCAACCGAAGGCAUACUGCUGCAAAGGCGUUCACCGAGUUGACUGCUGAGAUCCGCAAGUUGCCUGGAUAUGAAGAUUUUAUGCUUCCACACAGCGAAGAUGAAAUCUACAAAGCCUCAGAGCGCGGCCCAAUCGUCGUGGUCAAUGUCAGCAGGCUUCGUUGUGAUGCUCUACUUGUCUCGGACAACCGAGUUCGUGCACUGGCACUGCCCAACGUAACUCUGGAAGAACUGGAGUACAGAACAACAUCCUGGAGUUUUGCAAGCCCUAAAAACCUCGAGUGGCUUUGGGAAAACGUUGCGAGCCCUGUCCUGGAGACUCUAGGCUUCACUGAAACCCCGCCUCCGAACAAGUGGCCGCAUAUAUGGUGGAUUCCCACUGGCCCUUUGGUUCAACUUCCCCUCCAUGCAGCAGGCUACCAUGGCCAGCAGUGGCCCAAUGCAGUACUCGACAGAGUUUUAUCGUCGUACGGCUCUUCAAUCCGCAAUCUGAUCAGUGGCCGUCGCAACUCCAUCCAGCCUUCUGGUUCUGACCAGGCACUGCUUGUUGCCAUGGAAGAUACACCGGGGCAUGAUCUGCUUGCUUUUGCCCCCAAAGAGGUGGAUUCAGUGAGCGGCAUCAUCCGGUCUAUGAAUUUGAAGCCGAUUGUGCUAGGGCGAGCUAAGCAAGAUGUCACCAAGCAGGAUGUCACCCGGUAUCUCCCAGAUUGCAAGAUAUUUCACUUUGCUGGGCACGGCCUCGCUCAUGCGGAGGAUCCAUUACAGAGCUGUUUGCUUCUCAAAGACUGGGAGAAUAACUCGCUCAAGGUUUCUGACCUUUUGGAUAUCAACAUUCGCCAAAAAGCACCCUUCCUCGCAUACCUUUCAGCAUGUGGCACAGGCCAGAUCAAGGAUGAGACGUCAUUCGAUGAGAACAUCAACCUCAUCAGCGCCUGCCAGAUCGCUGGAUUUAGGCAUGUUAUCGGCACGUUAUGGAAUGUCAAGGAUGAUCUAUCCGUUCAAAUCGCCAAGAUGACCUAUCAGGAGCUGAAGGACUCCGACAUAUCAGACGAGUCCAUCUGCCGAGGGCUCCACAAGGCAACCCGUGAGCUGAGAGGAAAGUGGAUAGAGCAGCACAAAAGUUGCCAGAGCCCGGCAAGCCCUACUACCACUCAUUUCCAAGAUACAACAAAUGGGUCGCUUGUCCGUUCACUUAGAGACGCAUAUUUGAUAGAGAGUGAGGAUCUUGACCUUGGUAUAGCUUACUGGGCGCCCUAUGUACACUAUGGGGUGUAA